AUGGACUAUGUGCCCCAGGUGUGUGAGCUCUGGGGUGAGGAUGUUUGGUGCACCGAUAAGCUCAACGUCUUAGCGGCCGCGACGCUGGUGAUUUGGCCUUUGAGCUGUUUGAAGGGCUUGUCUGCCUUGCGGUACACCUCUACCUGCAGCAUCGCCACCAUCGUCUUCACCUGCCUGGUGGUCUUCUUCAAGGCUCCCAGCCACUUCGCGGCCCAGGAGGCGACCCUACAGCAGGUGCGGACCAAGACACGAGGCAGACACGAACGGUGCGAGGUGCUGUCGAUGGCGUGCUUUGCCUUCAUGACACACACCAACUCCCCAGAGAUCGCCCUGCGCUUCGCCGGCGGCCCAUCAGCGGCGAAGCAGGUGCUCCGUGCGCAGACGGCGGUGCUGUGGGCAGUCUAUUGCGGAAUUGCUGUGUGCGGCUACCUCUCCUUUUUGGAAGACACCAAGCAAGACUUCCUGACGAACUACGAUGUUCAAGACAAGCUCAUUGUGAUGUGCCGAUGUUUGCUCUCAGUGACGCUGGUCUUCGCUUGCCCGCUGAACAUGUUCCCGGCAGUGCAGGCGUUGUUCAACGUUUUGGAACACUUCCGCCCGCCGCAUCGACAUCACGAGGGGCUCUAUGAGAACGAUCUGGUGCGGGUGCCGGUGAGCACCUUGGCCUUUGCCAUCACCUUGGGGGUGGCCUUGAAGUCGCCACAUGUGGCCGAUCUCAUCUCGACCAUCAGCGCCUACUUCUCCUCGCCCUUGAUGUUCGCCUUCCCCGCGGUGAUGCACUGGAAGAUCUUGAGGCCGCCACCGGGACGACGGAGCGCGCACUGGGGCGGAAGACGACGACCGCGUGGACGGACGGCGUUGGUUCGGUGGGUUCGGUGUCAGAGUUCCUGGUGUCGGUGA